GCGAAGUUGGCUCAGUCAGUCCUGUCUGGUGGAAUUGGAAUUAGGCUGAUACAUAAGAUUGGACUCCGAUAUACGAGCUGGAAGCAGUAAACAGCCAGCACACUUCGCUGCCAACCCAAGAUGGCAGAGAUUCAAGCCAAGCUGCAGUCCCUGUCUGAAGAGUAUCAAAAGCUCCAGCAGGACCUUCAAAACACAGUGGCUUCGCGCCAAAAGCUAGAAGGCCAGAGACAGGAGAACCUUGGUGUGCAAAAGGAAUUCGAAAAUAUUGGCGAGGAUGAGGUCGUCUACAAGCUUGUAGGGCCCGUCUUGCUCAAGCAGGAGACUUUUGAGGCAGAGAGCACCGUCAAGGGCCGCCUGGAUUUUAUUGGAGGCGAAAUUACAAGAUUAGAAGGUCAGAUUAAGGAGACACAGGAGAAUAUCGAGAAGAAGAAGACUGAGAUUAUUCAGCUCCAAGCCGGAGCCCAAGCGGCCAGUGGAGGAAAAUAGACAAUAAUAGAUGAAUUAAAUCAAAGGCUAAUAUCAAUGCAUCUAUUUAAAAGGCG